AUGAGUAUAUCAACAACUUGUGAUAUUGAUCAUUCUAAUAAAAGUUUGCAUAGAAAAUACAAGAGUUUACAUUUCAAAAAACAUUAAGAUCCUUUAAUAACAAAUAAACCAUUUGAGACAAGAACUCAUGGACAUUAAUUUGAAUAAAAUUUUUGUGAUUACUUAAAAGGAGAUCUUAAUGUUUCAAGUUUAAUAUAAACAUUAAAUUGUCCAAGAUUAACAGCUGAAAGGUAGAUACCUCAUAAAGAGAGAUUAUCAUUAAAAAUACGUCAGUAAACAGAAUAAAGAAGAAACUAUUUAAAAGGUAAAAUUUAAAAAGUACGAAAUCUAAUAAAAGAGAAAGUAGCAAUAAAGAAACCACAUAAUGAAGAGAUUCGUUAAGGAAAUGCUUAGACUUUAACAAUAGUUUAAACAAUAUUGGAUAUAGCAAAUCAUAAGGAAAAUGCAAUAAGUUAUUAGGAGAAACUAAUGCCAAAAUCAAAGAGUUUAAAACAUUAUAGACUUAAUUAUGAUAAUGUAGAACCAAUUUGUAAGAUAUAAAGAGAUUUUAUUGAGACAAUUCCACCAAGAUAAUAUUUAAAAUCAGUAUUAGAGAAUAAUGCUUAGUUGUAUUUAUAGGAAUUACAAUUGAGAGCAUAAUAGCAUUAAAAUAAUAUAAAUAAAUUAGUUCGUUUAAGUAUAUAAAAUAAAAGGAAAGAUUUCACACUGUUUCAUAAAGCAGCUAAAACAGAUAGAAGAAAUUAAGAUGGUAUUCUUACAAUAGGUGAUGUGCAACUGUAUGAUUAUCUUUAUAAUACUCCUAAAGGUGUUAUGAUUGAAAAGAAUCCAAAAUAUAUCUAAAAUGUAAUUGAUUCUGGUGUAGAUUUUAGAAAGAAUUUAGGUAGACGAUUAUUAGGAAAUCGUCAUUAAAAAACUCAUUAUAAUUAAGAUCCUCCUGAUAAUUUAGAUGAUUCUUGUGCAUCAUCUUUAUAAUCUGCUUGUGAAAUUAAAUUAGAUAAUUAUUAUGGAGAAACUAGAGAAUGGAAACAUAAAUAAUUCUUAUAAUUACCUAGACGUAUUAAAUAACUGAUAGCUUUAGAAGAAUUAAAUUAGUAUUUAAUAUUUUAUCAUUUAGGAAAGCCAUUCACACAACAGUUAAUAAGUUAUAAUCUUAAUGACUAUAUUCAUGAAAAUAAUUAUAAUUUAAUUCUUUAACCAUUUAAUAAUAUUAUAAUCAAUUUAGUGUUCUAUUAAUGUGAACCUUCUCAUUUUCAUAAUGUUAAUAAUUUUAGGAACAAUAAUCAAUCUCAAAGAUUAGAUAAUACUCUUUCUAAAGUACCAUCUUUUGAAAACCUUUAUGCUCGUAUACGUGAUCAUUCCUAUCCUUAUUCAUAUUUAUCAAAUGUUCUCAACAAUUCAACUAUUGAACCUACUUACUCACUUCAUAAAGCUUAAGGAUUAUCAUCAAAGUAAACUUUAAAUUUAAUUUAGAAUUAACGCUACUCUAGAACCUAAAAAAAUAUAUAUUAAUUAGAAAGUAUCAUUUCAAUCUUCUUAAAUUUUUAACUAAUCACCUCCUAAAUAUGGUUAAUCAUUAAGUUAAAUUAAAAAUUUAGUAUAGAAAUAUAAUCAAACAAAUAAUCUUAUAGAUCUGAUUCUUUUAGAACGUGAUCUAAAUAUUAUAAGAAUAAAUAAAAUCACAAUCUAUCUGAUGUUGUUUAAUUAAAUGAAAUUGUAGCUCUUAGAAAUAAAAUUGAAUCAUCAAAUCUGA